AUGGAUCCUUUUAUUAUUCGUGGAACUUCGUCCACAAUAACUCAACGUCGAGCUCAACCCGUUUCACAGCAGUCUCACUCAAAUAGUAUGUCGCGUAGAAGUUUUUCAACAGCAUCGCCAUCUAAAGAAGGGAAAGAUAUGAUUGGUACACUCUCCACACAAAAACAAUCAUUAAAGCUAUCAUCGAAAAAAUCAUUGACUUUGCCAGAAUUAAGACAAGUUUUAGAAGCAUGGAAAGAGCCUGAAACUUUUGCAGACGUUAUGGAGGCAAAGGAAAGAAUCGUGGAUUGCUUUAAACAACGCUUAGAUAAUUUGAAUUUAUCGUUUCUUUAUAUAAGUACUCUUCCUGAUGUUUUUGACGGAAUGCAACAUGUACAUUAUUUAUCGAUCGACAACAAUUAUUUUUCAGAAAUACCACGGUUUUUAACUAAGUUAACUUCCUUAAAACGAUUAACUAUUUCCAACAAUGUGCUAUCCGAAGUGCCUGAUUUUAUCAAGGAAUUCAAACAAUUGGAAUUCUUCAAUGCCGAAAGUAAUCAACUUGAAAAGGUUUCUGAAGAAUUGGGACGUUUGUCAAAGCUUCGAACGCUAAUGUUGGCUCAUAAUCGUAUUAUGAAAUUUCCUCAAAAUAUCCAUCGCAUUAAAAAUCUUGAACUAGAAGAUCAAAUUCCACUGGCACGUUUUGGCGACCUUUCUCCUGAAUUUGAAGCACGAUGGAAAGAAACUUUUCAACAUGAAGUGGCAUCAGGCUACUUCGAGAUUUGGAUGGCACGUUAUGAAGAAAUGCUCAGACUACCAACGGCUGAAAAAUAUCGCCAAAUGUUUAAAGAGCGUAUGAGUAGGUUGCUGAAUGCGAUGGUGAACAGUGCGGAUUUUCGUAAAUUGUGUUUUGACAAAGCAACUAGUGUUAUUCAAACGUCUCACGACGGUAUUUUAUUUUCCCUAUUCGAAUUGGAAGUCCAACUAGUUGAACAACAAAUAAUGGAAUUACAAUUACCUGAUGAGGAUGUUCGCCAGGAAGUUGAGCGAGCCUUUAAUUUUUAUCGCUUACAAGAACUUGCUAUAUUACGCGCACAAAAAGGUUCGUAUGAAAACAAUGCGACUGCAGAGGAAGAAGUAGUCGAUGCACAAGAAACGGUGUUGUUUUAUUACAUCUCUCCUGCAAACACUUUGGAAAUGCCAUUGAAUUGCGAAACACCACGUUUUAUGUAUCAACCAGACUCGGCUCUAGCAGAUCAUCAUGAUGUAAGAAAAGCGGUCGAAGAAAUUCGACGAGAAAAAGAAGAACGUGGCCCAGAUUAUCUGAUUGAUUUUGUUUUGGAUAAGGACUAUUGGAUUAAUUAUUUAUCGAGACGUUACGCAAGUUUUAUCACGGAACACACACAAGUUUUUGUGGAUGAGAUGGAAGAAAUAGAAGAAAAAAAAGACACGCUUAAUGAAUAUGAUUAUCUCACGAAAAUGAAUGCUUUAGUCACUGAUAAGAAUCAAUCAGAACAAAAAUUAUAUUAUCAGCUGACUAAGAAUAUUGUUGCAGAUUGA